AUGGGCUCACUUCUCUCUUCCCUCCUCGCCGGCGACGCCGCCGCCGCCCCCUCACAAUCAUCAGAAUCCUCCGAUCAUUCCGUCAAAACAUUCCACUCAUCCGCACGCUGGCAACUCCACUUCAACGAAAUCAAAGACUCGUCUAAACUCGUUGUCAUUGAUUUCUCUGCUACGUGGUGUGGACCGUGUAAAAUGAUGGAACCGAUUGUUCAUGCUUUCGCUAACGAAUUCACGGAUGUUGAAUUCAUCAAGAUCGACGUUGACGAAUUAUCUGAUGUUGCGCAGGAGUUUAAGGUGCAGGCUAUGCCGACGUUUUUGUUGUUGAAGAAUGGGAAAGAGGUUGAUAAGAUUGUUGGUGCGAAGAAAGAUGAACUCAAAAACAAGAUUCAGAAAUACAGAGCUUAG